ACGGGCACAGUGAAGGUUAUUACGAGCUCUUACCAAAUCACAGCAGAACUGAACUCGCGUUUCAUUACAAGACUCUGACACGGAUAAAGCACUCUUCACAAAUGGUUGUACAAGUGAAACCCAGCGUCCAGCACAGCAGCAAAAUGACGGAGGGAAGCCAGCAGAAGGUGGAAGCAAAUGUGUUACUCCUGGGAGCCGAGAACGUGGGGAAAUCUGCACUGACUGUACGGUUUCUCACUAGGCGCUUCAUUGGAGAAUACGGGGAUAUUGAAUCCAUCUAUAAUCACAAUGAUCGAGUCGACGGGCGUGAGAUCUGUUUCAAUAUCUGGGACUCGCUUUACUCGCAGAACUCCGACACUCAGGGAUGCGUCACCGAGAAACAGCUCCGCUGGGCGGACGGCUUCAUCCUGGUCUACAGCAUCUGCGACCGGGCCAGCUUCAGCGUGGUCAGCCAGCAAGUGCGGAGAAUCCGGCAGGCGAAGAAGCACGCCGGCGGGGCGGACAAGGUCCCCAUCAUCAUCGUCGGGAACAAGCGUGACUUGCAGCACCGAAGGACGGUCUCCAGCGAGGAAGGCAGGAUGCUGGCUCUGUCGGCGGACUGCGGGUUUUUUGAGAUCUCGGCCGCCGAGACUUACCACGGCGUGCUUUUGGUAUUCCACGAGCUGCUGGAAGUCAUCCGGGAGUCUAGAGCGACGAGGAAAGGGAUCAAAGGGAUCGUGAGGAGCAUGUCAGCGGUGUUCGGUAGAAGGAGAAUUGAUUAGAAAUGGACUUUAGAACCCAAAAUAAACCGACCUGAAGGAUAUAUGCCUGGUUUGAUGAUCGGUUGAAGGACCAGCGGGUUUUUUUCUACCCGGCUGCAUCCGGUUAAGCGCAGGAGUUCGUGUGUUGUAGAUGACUUGUUGACAUUUUGAAAAGUUGUAAGAUUAUAACUUAAAUUCCAAGACUCCUUUUUUUUAUUGAGGUUUUCGGGAAUUGUAAGAUUAUAUCCAACAGAAAUGGAAAGCCAAGCUCACAGUACCUUACUCAAACGCGAUUUAAGCUUCCAGCGAAGUUGUUGAACUUGAAGAGCCCAAGACAAUGUUCUCCUUGAACACACAAGAAACACGAAAUCUCUGGAGCAGCCAGCGGGUGCCAGGGUUAACGUGCUGGGCAAUGCAUUCACUUCCUACCGCAGUUUCACCAUACCUACCAUACCAUGGAGUUGUGUAGCUUAAGAUGUCACUGUGAUGUCAUUUCAAAUGCCACUAUUUCAUGUACAUACAUAUUUAAGGAGUACUCUGGCAUAGUGUAUGCCUAUUUGGUCAUAUCACUGAAAGGGUGGGGAAUUAUGCUGCUUUUAUAUAAAAUGCAUAUACGAUAAAUGUGCAUUGUUUUAUAUUGUAUAUAUGUGUACAGAGAAUGUAAAUGCCUGUCUAUACUUGCUGAAUUUAUAUUUUUUAUGAAAAUUAAAAGAAAUUACAUUUUAA